UCUUCAUCAUUAAACCACCCAAAUACCACACAUACGGAAUCAAAUCAAACAAACGCAAAAGCGAAAGCUAAGGAUUUUAUAUAUCAAGCGAUGAUGCUUGCAGCGGAGGAGAAAUCCCAACAAGCAUACGCGACAUUUGCUGAGGUUGUGGAGGAGCUAAAGAGAGUGGGAGACAUAGGGUUCCCAAUAGCAGCAAUGAGCCUGGUGAACUACCUCAAGAACAUGAUCCUAGUCGUGUGCAUGGGCAAGUUGGGAAGUCUUGAGCUCGCCGCCGGUUCUCUAGCCAUUGGCUUCACCAACAUCACCGGUUACUCCGUCCUCUCUGGUCUCGCCGCCGGCAUGGAGCCUCUCUGCGGCCAAGCCUUCGGUUCUAGAAACUUCUCCUUACUAUCACUCACGCUUCACAGAACCAUCCUCAUGCUCUUAUUAGCCUCCCUCCCAAUUUCUCUCCUAUGGAUAAAGCUCGAACCUUUGAUGCUCGGUCUCCACCAAAACCCAGACAUAUCCUCAGUGGCUAGCCUCUAUUGUCGCUACGCCCUCCCAGACCUCAUCGCCAAUAGCUUCCUUCACCCACUUCGCAUCUAUUUACGUAGUAAAGGCACAACUUGGCCUCUAUUGUGGUGUACUUCAUUAGCCACACUUGUUCAUAUCCCAAUUAUCAUCUUUUUGACCUUCAAACUCCAACUUGGAGUACCAGGAAUCGCGAUCUCAUCUUUCGUCGCCAAUUUCAACACCCUCUUCUUCCUCCUUCUCUACAUGUCCUAUCCACGAGCCGCCGCCUCCAGCAAGGUGGAGCCUUUAACUUUGUGCACACCUCUCGUGAUGAAACACCGUUCGUCGGGGAGUGAAUGGGGUAUGCUUAUAAGAUUCUCCAUACAAAGCUGCGUCGGAGUCUGUUUAGAGUGGUGGUGGUACGAGCUGAUGACCAUCCUCGCCGGGUACCUGAAAAACCCUCGCGCGGCUCUGGCCACGUCGGGGAUAAUAAUCCAAACCACAUCGCUCAUGUACACUCUUCCGAACGCACUGAGCGCGUCGGCGUCAACAAGAGUCGGGAACGAGCUCGGAGCCGGUGAGCCACGAAAGGCGAGACUAUCAAGCACGGUGGCCUUAGGGUUGGCAGCGGCUAGCUCGACGGUGGGGUUGGUGUGGACCACGGUGGGAAAAGAAAGAUGGGGUAGGGUUUUUAGCAGUGACAGAGAAGUGUUAGAGUUAACGAUGGCUGUUUUGCCUAUAAUUGGAGUGUGUGAGAUAGGGAAUUGUCCACAAACAACAGGAUGUGGGAUUCUGAGAGGGAGCGCGAGAACCGGGAUAGGGGCAGGGAUAAACCUGUACGCGUUUUACUUGGUGGGAGCACCGGUGGGGAUAGUGUUGGGGUUUGUUUGGGAGCUAGGUUUGGUGGGUCUUUGUUAUGGGCUAUUUGCGGCUCAGAUCGCCUGCGUGGUGUCUAUUCUCUUUGUGGUGCACAACACUGAUUGGGAAAAGGAAUCCUUGAAGGCAAAAUGUUUGGUGGGAGAGAAUUAUUAUGCUUCUUCAUCAUCAGGACAUCAACAACAACAACCAGUGAAAUGUGACGAAGAAAGUACUGUGGUCACUUUUAUCCAAGAGAAAAACAACAACAACAACAAGAACUCUGAACUACACUGAGACAAGAACAGCAAAUUAAUUGAUCUGAUCUUAUCUUUCUGCAGUUUUAUGUGCAUUAAUUAUAUUCAUUCAAAAAGAAUACAAAUUCUCUGUUAUGAUUUAUAUACAAUUACUUAAUUUGUAGUUCUAGCUAGAGGAUGGAUUAAUGGAAAUUGAUCACAUGCUUGGCCGGCUCUCAGCAUUAGUUAGUUGCUAUUAACUAUAUUCAACUGUAAUCGCAGGCAGUAUUAUUGUUUAAUGUAUUUAACAAACGUG